UGCGUGAACGUGGAUGCCGUAUGCCGUGUGCAGCUAGGGUGGGUGACGGCGACGCCACUACCUUAAUUACGACGACACACAAUCCACACGCACAAGAGCACACGGCCAUCGUCGUGCUCGAUACUUGGCUCGGCUGCUGCCUGCCUGCCCCGUUGCUUGCCGUCCACAGCAACCGAGAGCGAGUCGGUGAGAUGGCGCCGCCGUCGCCGGUGGUGAUGAGGGUUCUCGCCGUCGCGGCAGCGCUGCUGUUGUGCUCCCCCGCCGGCGUCGUGUCGGCGAGGAAGGUGGGGGAGACGUGCGCGGCGGACCGGAACUGCGACGCCGGGCUGCACUGCGAGACGUGCGUGGCCGACGGCAACGUGCGACCGCGGUGCACCCGCGUCAACCCCGUCGACCCGCAGACCAAGGCGAGGGACCUGCCGUUCAACCGGUACGCGUGGCUGACGACGCACAACUCGUUCGCGCGGCUGGGGACGCGGUCGCGGACGGGGACGGCCAUCACCACGCCGUGGAACCAGCAGGACACCAUCACCGACCAGCUCAACAAUGGCGUGCGAGGACUGAUGCUGGACAUGUACGACUUCCGCAAUGACAUCUGGCUCUGCCACUCCUUCGGCGGCGUCUGCCAGAACUUCACCGCAUUCGUGCCGGCGGUGGAGGUGCUGGGGGAGAUCGAGCGGUUCCUGGCCCGGAACCCGUCGGAGGUGGUGACGGUGUUCGUGGAGGACUACGUGGAGUCGCCGAUGGGGCUCACCCGCGUCCUCAACGCCUCCGGCCUGACCAGGUACCUGUUCCCGGCGUGGCGGAUGCCCAAGAGCGGCGGCGACUGGCCGCGCCUCAGCGACAUGGUCCGCGACAACCACCGCCUCCUCUUCUUCACCUCCAAGCCCGCCAAGGAGGCCUCCGAGGGCAUCCCCUACGAGUGGCGCUACGUCCUCGAGAACCAGUAUGGGACGAAGGGGAUGAUCAAGGGGAGGUGCCCGAACCGGGCCGAGUCGGCCGCCAUGAACGACCUGUCGAGGUCGCUGGUGCUGGUGAACUACUUCCGGGACCUCCCCAACUUCCCGGUCGCCUGCAAGGACAACUCGGCGGAGCUGCUCGCCAUGCUCACCGCCUGCCAUGACCUCUCCGCGGACAGAUGGGCCAACUUCAUCGCCGUGGAUUUCUACAAGAGAAGUGAUGGAGGUGGUGCAGCUGAAGCUACGGACAAGGCCAAUGCGGGGCUCAUCUGUGGAUGCGACAGCAUAUCUGCUUGCACCGGCAACGGGACAUGCACGCCCGCACGGCACGGCGGCGCGCCCAAAGGGAUCUUCAACACGACAUCGGACGCGACGGCGCUGCGGCCACCGCCGGCGAGGCUGCAAUGGCAGCAGCUCAUUCUUGUGCCAUCGACGCUGGCUGCUCUAGUCUUGAGCCUAUGAAUCUACAUGCCGGAAGAAUCAAGCACCGCUGUUUUCUUUGCCCAAAUCUUCUUGUAAAUAGAUCCUGAUUUACUCUGUACAUCAAACAUUUGCAUAGAUUGGUUGGUCCUACAUGGCAAUCUAAUAAGAUUUUUUUACCAUAGAACAAGGCAAGCAAACUGUCCAUAAAACCUAAUCUACUAAUUCGAGAAAUUAGCACGGCGACAUACAAACACAAUACGAUUUCACGCGGCCAACAUGCACAAAGUUCUAUUUUUCUUCCAGAAGCAAAAGGUAAUUUCUGCCGACAUGUCGAAAGCAUUAACAUGGAACUUAAGCGUUUGCAAAAACUAUUAUACUGGGAAGGUAUCAAGAUAGCAUAUUUUGGCAUAUGUCAACAGCGGUCGAUCCU